GAACACUGCUCAUACGACCAAACAACGAAAGUAGGCCCCCUUGGCAAGCUGACUCAACGACAGACCUUCUUCACUGAUCAUCGUACCCUUUUGGUAAUUAUCGUCAACAGCAAAGUUCAACCGACAACCUGCUCGCACGGACUGCGUCACAAGCGCCACGUUACCAGCCAUCCUACAACACUGCCAAGUCCGUGACAACCUCUGGGCCGCUGUCUCCAGAGUCCCUGCCAAGUCCGCUUGCGAUGUACGCCCCCACGGCUAAAACCAAUACGGCGCGGCGCACGCCCCUUGGAUUAACGAGGCGGCUGCUCAGCUGCCUGGGUUGUGUGCUGGGUUGCCUGCUGACCUGGCUGUUCUGGCUGACCUGGCUGCUGCUGACGGUGCCGGGACUGGUGCUGCUGGCGCUCCUGGCGCUCGCCGUGUGUGGAGCGCCUGGGCGUGAGGAAAGGCCGUGGGACAACAGGUACCGUGGACUACUGCUUGAAUUUGCAGAGGACUUCAUGCGGAGCCUUUUGGAUUGUGCGGGGUGGCUGAAGGGAAAGCUUCAGGAGUGGUGAAGGGCGGGGGGGACUGGAAGUGCGAAGCCAUGAGUGGCGGGGAGUAAUGGAAGUGGGCUGCGGCUGUGUGUAGACAACUGGCCGCGAGGAGGAGGGGCUGGGGCUGUGUGCCGAGUAGCAUGACGCGUGAGGAGCAUGUGAACAAGGUGUCCGCCUUGGGGGCCACUUCGCUCGCAUAGGACUAAGCUGGGAGGUUCUGAAGGUUCGAUGGCCACAAGGCCGCUGUCGGGUUGACUCGUGGGGGCACUGGAAAGGUGAUGAGCUAGGCUGGGCCUAAUUGGAUGCCGGCAUUCCCAGCGGACAGGUUUUUGAUUGGUUUCGUGCGCGCUUUGUAUAUACAUGUAUAUGGGCCGGAGCAGUUAGGAACAGUAUGUCUCAAAUUGUGACUAUCACUUAUGAGCUGGAGGUUGUAGGUAGGCUACAGCUAGACAGCAUGAUAAAGCAGGAGGAGAAGCCAAUAGUUAACAGGUCACGGGACACUGCUGACCCUGUGUUAUCGACGAGCAAGCCUUCUAAUAUGGACACAGCCUUCCAGGACACAGCCCCCCAUGAGAGGAUCUGAAUACAGUGGGGUAAAAAUGACCCCUCCUUGUAAGUACUUCCUGCGUUCAAA